UGAAGUUCACAUAGAUGAAGAACUAUAUGAAAGAAUAAAAAAAGAAUAUGAAGAGGAUGCCCAUUUUCAAAAAAUUUUGAAGGUGCUUGAAGACCCUAGUUGUGAUGAAGUGAAAAGAAAAUUCAUGGUUGUGCCUUACAAAAAAAUCCAAAACAUGAAUGCUCCUGUUGAAAGAACAACAUGA